AUGGCCUCCUUCGAUACCCCGUUUGAUGAGCUUCCAAACCCGAAGCAGGUAUGGCUGGGAAAGCCUGGCAGCUACGAAGAGGGGCUAGGGAAACUAGCUAUUCUCACUCCGGAGGUUGUCGCAGCCGCAUCCGCCAGCGAGAUCAAAUGUGGCCGCCGAGUGACCAUGGGAUGGGACAUGACGAAAUUGGACUAUCCCAAUCUCAAUCGUCAGCCAUGUCCCCAUAGCAUUAUCCCCCUCCUGGGGGGCAUUGCAUUCGACGAUGUUUAUACCAUGAACCCGCAGCAAAGUAGUCAAUGGGAUGGCCUGCGUCAUUUCUCGCAAACCGUGCCAGGUCAAUCGGAGCGUGUCUUUUACGGAGGGACCACGGCCGACGAGAUUAAUGAUCGCCAGAAUGACCGGAUCGGGAUGCAGCACUGGGCCAAAGAAGGAAUCGCAGGCCGUGGAGUCUUGAUUGACUACGCCAGUUGGGCCGAGAAGAAAGGAAUCACGUAUUCCACAUUCUCAACCCAUCAAGUGCGAUUUGCCGAUAUCCUUGAGAUCGCGCGAGAGAACAAUAUUACCUUCAAAAAGGGCGAUAUCUUGUUCGUUCGCGUCGGCGUGACCAAGGAGUGGGACACGACCAUGACCGAUGCGCAAAAACAAGCUUAUUCGGAUAAUGCCAGCCCGGAGCAUGCUGGCGUAGAGGCCACCACAGAAGUGCUCCGUUGGCUGUGGGACACUGGAUUUUCGGCCAUCGCCAGUGACGCAAUUAGUUGGGAGGUGAGCGAGAGACGAAUUCAUUUCGAGGAUCUGUUCGAAAGGGGACACCCCAAAUUGACAUCCCUGCAGGUGUACCCACCCCAAUCCCCUGACAUCUUCCUCCACGAGUAUGUGCUUGCUGGUUGGGGGAUGCCGAUCGGGGAACUAUUCGAUCUCGAGGCACUGGCCCAGACAUGUCAGGAGCUUCAACGGUGGAGUUUCUUUGUGGCCUCGGUGCCUUUGAACAUGCCGGGCGGAGUUUCUUCGCCCCCGAACGUCAUGGCCAUAUUUUGA